AUGGCCGACGCCUCACAAUCUGCACGGCCCGUGUCCGACCCUGUCGACACUUCCUUCGACCCUGCAGCGCAUGUCGCGAGAGAUGAUGUAGAGUCUCCAUCGCUGACGAGCGGGAAUGCGCUCGCGAGAUUCGAGUUCGAGCCGGGGAGGAGUAGGGAUGGGACGAAGGUACUCAUGGUUGAGUGGGAAGAGGAUGAGUCGACGAAGGGUGUAGCGGGGGAUUGGGAGAUUAGCUGGGAAGGGAAGAGGACUGUGCUGCCUGCGAGAGAUCAGAGCCCUGGGGAAGAGGCGCCGAUCAACAGAUUGUACUUCCUGCUCGGGCCAGGUGUGAACAUCCCGACGGCAGUACGGUUGCAGAAGGGCUCGAUUGUGUGGAGGACGAAUCCGCUACCUGCCAUCUUCUCGCCCGAACUUGGCGCCACGGCGAGACAGGCUGGGAAGAAGGGAGUGUUGCAUACGAUAUGGGCGAAGAAGAGGUUGCAGGUGCUGAACACGGAGAUUGAGCAAGAGUCGAAGGAGAACGUGGAGGGGAUUGGGCUGGAGAUGGCAGCGGCGGAGAAGGAGUGGAUAGAGCAGAACUUUGGCGUGGCGACGAAGCCUAGCAGUAUCAGCAUAGACACGAGGCCGGCGAUGGCAUCGAUUAUGGGUCAGGGCAGUCUGAACAGCCCUACCAGUCCGCGGAGUCCAGGCGGUGGGCGCCUGAUGGAUAAGCUGAAGGGUCUGAAACUGGGCACAACCACAUCAGACCUAUUGCGGAAAGACAGCAGCAGCGUAGACGCAGGGCUGCCAGCAGGAUAUCAAAACCCACUCAGUCCCGAGCAGACCGACGUGGCAGUUGGAUCAUUCGGCAGCUUCGCAGCACUGAAAGGCGCGCCCCCUCCCUCGACAAUGGGCGCGAAACCGCCUCAACCACCAGCACAACAGCAGCCACGAAAGAUCGCCGCGCAACGACCCCCGGAAGCUUUUGCAGCGCAACAGCGCCAGCACGUAUCGAUGGGCUCGCUGAAUGCGUUUGCGAGUGGUGAUGUGCCCGCGAACCCGAAUCCGGAGCAGGAGGACGAUGAGGAUGAUCUUUUUGCGUUGCCCAUGUCGCCGAGGAGUCCGGAAAUGAGUAAGAGUCCUUUCUCGUUUGCGGCGCAGGAUACGGUGAAAUAUCUCAAGGGGGAGCGGGCGUCGUCGUGA